CCGAGAGCCGAGAGCAACAGCACCAACUAGCCGACAUCAACUUCAACCUCAUGGUUCGUGUCAUGGUGUCAUGCUUGGUGUCAUGAGUUGUAGUCAGCACCAACAACCGGAGAGCAUUUUCAAUCUUGUAGUCAGCACCAACAACACCAACUUCAGAAGUUUCUGUAAGCGACGCUGAACACUCAACAAGUGUCAAAGGCUCUCUCUUCUUCAGUUCCUUCUCCGUCUCGUCUCGUCGUCUCUCUUUGCCUCUUAAGAAUGGAUAGAAGAAUGGAUUUUGCUGCAUCAGCUUUUGCUAUGAUGAGUAAUUGGAGAGCAAAUCAUCCUCCUUCUUCUUCUUUCCCUCAGUUGUUGUGUAGAGGGGUUCAAGUGUACCAGAUGUUGCCGUUUUGAGGAGUUGGAGAGAUCAUCUUCCUCCUUUUGCUUCUGUUGUCAAGCUUUCUCAGCUUACUACUGUCAAAGACAACAGAAACGAAUCCUCUGUUUUCUCGUCUGGUGGAUACAGCUGGAGAUUGGUUGUGUACCCUAAAGGAAAUGAAGAAGACAAUGGAAAAGGAUUUGUCUCAAUGUAUGUGGAACUUGACAAGAGCUGCCUCUCAUCCACAUCAGCACCACCCACAGAGGUCUCUGCUUAUCUCUCUUUCUUUGUCUUUAACAAGAAAGAGAAUAAGUACCUUUCAGUUCAAGAUGUGGAAGUAAAGAAAUUCAGUUCUUCAAGAACGGUCUGGGGAGUUUCUCAAGUUCUUCCACUUGAGGCUUUCAGUGACCCUGCCAAUGGAUACAUCUUGGAGGGAGAAGAACAUGAGUUUGGUGCUCAUGUGAAGAUUGCUCCAUCACCUGUCGCUGCUGCUGAAAACCUCCCUUUUCACAAAUUCUCUUGGGGUGUUAGGGAUUUCUCUCUUCUGAAACAGAGUGAUUACGUCUCAAAAACCUUCCAAAUGGGAGAAAAAAAGUGGACUCUAACCGUGUAUCCAAAGGGAGACUCUAGGGCAGGCGACCAAUUGUCCAGCUAUGUGCAUUUAGCUGAAGGGGAAAACUUAUUGACGGGUGAGCUGAUCAUGGUGCGAGCACAGCUGCAGAUUCUAGACCCACAUGGAUCGAAAAACCUGUCAGGAUGGCAUCAAGGUUGGGUCAUGACCUCGAACGCAGGGAGGGGCAUUCCUCAGUCCAUGCCUUUAGCCGAAAUUCAGGAGGGUUACUUGGACGAUGAAGAUACUUUGAAUGUAGAGAUGGAGUGCGAAGUUGUUAACGCCAUCAAAAACGACCCCUUCUUUUAGGGUAUCUGUUUAGCUACCUCUCUCCGUCUGUAUGACUUGCCUAAUCUGUUUUAUGCGUAGAGAUCGAAUGUGAAGUUAAACGCUCUAUCUAUGUUUAGGAUUAUCUUAUUAUUAUCUACCAUGCAUGCAUGUAUGACUAGUCUGUUUUAUGCGUAGCGAUUGAAUGUGAUGUGAACGCUCUAUCUAUGUUUAGGAUAAAUCUAAUUAUCUCUAGCUACCAUGCAUGUAUGACUACUCUGGUGUAUGCGUUAUCAUUAAAGACCUUAUUAGUUAUUUA